AUGUCGUCGAGGUUAGGUUUGCUAUGUGUUCUGAUUGUUGGGUUAGAGCACGUUGAUGGUGAGUUAUUAUAUUUUGGUUUAAACGUCUAUAUCAUUUUUAGUUAAUUAUACUAUAUUCAUUGUUUUGAAUAUAUUUUAAUUAACUAUAUUUAUCUAUAUAAACUGAAAACGUAGCUUUUUUAUAUUAUAAACGGCUUUCUUUAGAUAUAUGGCAUAAGAAAGAGUAUGAGAUAAACAUAAGUAGGGUAGAUAGUACACUAUAAAUGAUAAACUACAUAUAGUAAAUCACUGUGAUGCUUAGAACAAGACCUAAUGUGAUAUGAUAAAAUAUAAAGCGACAUAAGAUAGAUACUAACAUGUAAGACAAUUAUAAUAAGAGCAAAAAGAUAAGCCAUAUGCUGUAAGUUUAGACAUGGUAAGUAUCAGAUAGAUUUUGUCUUUACUCAAGAUAGACUUUGAAUAAAGUAAAAGGUAAGUCAUAGGUAGAUUAUGAGAUAUGCUAUAGGGUACAGUAAAGAAAAUCGCAAUGUAUAUCGUAUGGGGUUUCUAAUUUUUUUCUUAACCGUCACUUUUGCCUGUCUGUUGUGUCUCACGUUUAAUGAUCUCUUUUGCUUGAAAAUAAAAAUGUUUUAUCUACAAUCAUUAAACGUUUUCUUCACAGUAAACAAAAACAUAAAACACGUUUUUCUCAACCUUUUUUAAUAGAUCAUACUUUUUUGUUGUAGCUUAGUUCUUCUAGGAAUAUGUGUAUUACUGCCGCAGAUUCUUAGAAAUAGUUGUUCUAGAAAUCUGUGUAUUACUACAGCAAAUUCUUAGUAAUCCGAUUGUAAUUUUUCUGAAAAAAAUAGAAAAUGCAGUAACUAAUUGGCUCUAAUCUAACGCCCACCUAAAUUCCUAAAUAACUGAAACUUUUAAAAAUUAAUACAAUGCCAAAACGGUAAAGAUUCACUAUAUAACUAGUAUAUUUCAGCAAGAUUCUUUGCUUUCACACCAAGAUUAGAAGAGUUACUGAACAAUGGUGUUCCAAAAGUUUCAACCGGUGAUGUUGUAGCCUUGGAUGUGCUAUUGAAUCAAGAUGGUGAUCAGUUAGCCAAGUAUAACUCUGCUUUCCAUCAACUAAAACAACUGAAUCCUAACGCAAAGCGACUGAUUUUAGAUGGCGGAUUCUUUUAUCGGUUCGAAAAUUUUGUAAGUUUGAAAAAAGAUUUUUUUAAAAUAGCAAUAACUUUCUUUACACAAACUCAAAGGUAAUAUUUUUUUUUAGGGUGAAAAAUACUUGGACAGAGAGUUAGAAAGGACUGUAAAUGGCCUAAAAACUAUUGUAGAAGCUGCCAAUUCAAAUGGAUUGUCAAUUCAAAGCUUUAAAGUUAGAUUACAAUGGCUUAUGUAUUAUACGGUAAGUUCAUAUCUACUCUACUUUGCCUUACCCUACUCUAUCUUACACUAACCUACCAUACCCCAAUUUACUCUACUUUACACAGCCCUAUACUUUUCUAAAUUCACUCUAGUCAUACCGUAAUCACAUCUACUAUAACAUAUUUACAACCCUAACUUCUACUGUUUCAGAUAUCCCACGAGACUUACGGUUUCACCAUCCUAGUCAAAAAAUACUUUGGUGUCACAGUAAAACCUGACGACUUCGUAGACUUCAAAACCGUCCUAACUCAUCACAAUACUGAUAUCAAUAUCCAUGCUGAACUUCAGUUCGAUCCGAGAAGAAAUCGACAUCAACCAAGUGGUCGAAUGUCGGAAAACCCACGGAAAGGUGAACAUGUAGCUGACAAAUCAACCACAGGCCAUGGGCAUGUCUUUUGGCUUGAAGAUAUGGCCUAUGUGUUGGCUAAUCGAGCGGCUAUGCCAAGAUAUCCACAAGAUUUCGUGUUUUUCAGCCCUUUGGGUGAAUUUUUUGAAGAUCCGGACGUAUUUUAUAACCAAGCGGUGAAGAAGAUGGGCACAUUGUUUAGUGAUGCACGGCCGGUUCGGUUGUUUGGGUCCGCUGUAAUUAAGGCUAGAGAUAAUGUGAGUUACAUUGAUUACAUUAGUUAAAAAUCAAGCUAGUUGAUAAAAAUAGCAUAAAAUUAAAUUAUUAAGUGUAAAAAAGUAUUGUCGUUGAUUAACAUUAAUUUUAACAGUAAAAACCGACAAUACUUUUUUAUCUCCCUAAUAAUUUGUUUUUAUGCCAUUUUUAUCAAUACUAUAUAAAUAUAAUGAUAAAAUAUAAUAAAACAACUUCAGACAGAAGCAGAAUUUGUCAAUGAAUGGACAAAAGUCAAAAAUAAUAUCGAUGCAGCUGUGAAUGGCUUCAAUCAUAAUGGAUAUCCACUGAUCAGUGUCCUGGUCAAAGUCUAUUUUCAAUACUCAAACAAGGUCUGA